GGUGAGCGGAUGUAGCAGGUGAAGGGCAGGCAGCCCCUCCAAAGCACCCCAUGGAGCAGAUGGGGGGUGGCAGCACUGGGCAGCACCCCCACGAACCUCCUCGACCCCUCCCUUGAUGUGGCGUUGGCCACUGGUCCAGUUUGGAGCCUGCUGCCAUGGCAACCAUUGCCGGACACCAGGGGGCUCUGAUGAAGACCUCGGCGAGAAUGUGGAGGAGCUGGUCUCAUGCCAGCCAAUGGGAUCGGAGCGGAUGGAGAUGCGCAAGCGGCAGCGGAUGGUGCAGCACGGCGCGGCCGAUGACGGCUGGACUCAGCGGGGCUUGGGGAGCCCCGCCUCCAACGCCUGCUGCUUCUGCUGGUGCUGCUGCUGCAGCUGUUCGUGUCUUACAGCUAAGAAUGAAGAGGGGGAUGGCAGAAGCUGCGGGACGGCGCACGACGCCAAGACCGAGGGCAGCGCCGACUGCGAGGACAGCCCAAAGCCCACUCUGGAGGAGGUUCAGUCCUGGGGGCAAUCCUUCGACAGGCUCAUGAAGUGUCCCAUGGGGAGGAAGGCUUUCCGGGAGUUUCUGCGGACGGAGUUCAGCGAGGAGAACAUGCUCUUCUGGCUGGCCUGCGAGGACUUGAAGCAUGAGACCGGCAAGGUGGCCAUCGAGGAGAACGCCAGGCUCAUCUAUGAAGAUUACAUCUCUAUCCUCUCACCCAAGGAGGUGAGUCUUGACUCCCGGGUUCGAGAGGCGAUCAACAGAAACAUGCUGGAACCCACCUCGCACACCUUCGACGACGCCCAGCUCCAGAUUUACACGCUGAUGCAGAGAGACUCCUACCCUCGCUACAUGAACUCCUCUGUCUACAAAAACCUGCUGCAGACCCUAUCAGAGCAGUGCCCAGAGUCGUAGUUCCAACAUUUUCCCAAACUCCACUUUGUCUGCGUCUCGAACCCAGUCCCUGUUCACUCAAACCGCCAUACUGCUGUCCCAACUUCAAAAAAGGGAAAUAUCAGUAGAAAUUUGCCUAUUUUUGUUUAUUUUUAUAAGAGUUCGGGAGCAUGGUAGUAUUACAUUUAUUUACAGGACUUUCGUCCAAAGUGACGUAACAAGUGUGGAUCAGAGAGCACAGUUAGAAAGUGUUCCUGGAGCAUUUGGGGAUAAGGGCCUUUCUCAAGGGCUAGUUGUUAUGGUUACGCUACCAGCUAUGGGAUUUCAACCCAUACCUUUUCAGAAAUGGGCAUAAAUGCGUAACCGACUAAGCUGCAAGCAACUCCAGAGACACGGGUAGAGGUUGGGUUCACGGAAACAUACGUCAGCAGACCCGUCGGGGCGAUCCAAAUGGAGCACGGUGUGGUGUUUUGAUUGAGUCAGAUCUUUAAGUGACGCCCCAUAGGCCCGGUUGCCCUGCUGGGGGGUUUGCACCUGCAGUGCUGCAGCCGCUAUUCCUCCACCUUGGACCUCAGCCUCUCCAAAACCCGAGCGAAGAUCAUUCCCAUGCGCGUCACUGGACACUCCAAAGGAAAUUCACCAUGUUUGAUUUUUUUUUCAUUCGAUUCUUCUGUUUUUGUAUUAUUAUUUUGUAGAGGACGAAAGCUACCAGAAUACUAUACUUCUCAAAUCUGUCAAACAAAUGGGGAUUUACCUUUCAGAAAAUAAUGUAAUCUGGUGUGGAGGGCAGGACGGCGAAGAAUUCCUGUCUGUAAAGAUGGAGAGUGACAGGCUGGUUCAGGUGUUCAUGCUCUACCAAGGAGGCAGCCAAACUGGGUCUUCUAUUUGCUUGCUCAUUUGUCUAUUUCUUUGUUUGUUUGUUUGCCUGUUUGUCUGUCUGUCUGUUUGUUUGUUUGUUUGGUUCCUUUAGAUUUUUUUUGAUGUAUUCACUUCAUCGUUCAGCACCCAUUACAAACAUUUGUGGCAGCUCCAAAUUUCCAAAACCUUCUUUUGCGCGUAAAUCCCAUGACCCUGUGCUUGGCUGGCUGGCUGGAUGAAUAAACUAAGACAAUUAAAUCGCUCACGUUUAUCAAGCACCCAGUGAAUAAGAAUAAUUAUUUAACUGGGUAAAAUAAAAACGGCGAUUCGAGCUGAGUUUUUCGUUUCUGUAAAUUCAUGUGUCUUCAUGGCAUUUCUGAUGCUACUACUAAUCAUAAACGGACACAAACGGGCAUCACUGUCUUCACAAGAACCUCAGCCCUAACAUACCACGAGAUACAGUUGGACGGAUGGCCCCCACCUCCACCCCUCCCCCUCCUUCAUAUUCGUAUGGCAUUUUUGGUCUUGCGGCCAUCUAUUUGAAAAAAAAAACACCAAAGUCUGAACUUCAUUUCAGCCCGUAGCUCAUAUUCUCUCAGUUAUUUGUGUUUGUCCUGGGUUUUAAAAGAAAAAUGAAAAGAAUAGCUUGGAGCUGCCACGUUUUCCUGUCUGUCUCCAUAUCACACAAAGACGGAUACAUUCUUAGGGAAGUGCCUAGUCGUUCCGUUUGUGGCAUCUAGUGUGCGGCCAAUACUCAUCUGAGCCUCUUUGCCGCAUAAAUAUAGUUUGUCUACCAGCUGUGGCUCCAGGUGACAUCUGUACUGGCAUUAGAGUAGACUUACCGCACAUGUGCAGUUUUACCGUAUUGGAAGACGAGCAGAUCAACCUCAGAUUCUUAUUGGUCCAGAGGCAUGCUGCCUAUUAAUGAUCUUUAUUAUAUAAAAUGUGUUAUUUUGAAACGUCAGAGUUUACUAUCAGGAAUGUUUACAGUGUUUUAGAGUGUUCCUUGUCUGUUUAUCUAAAGGAUUAAUAACUGGGGCAUUUUUGGUUAUUUAAUAAACAAUAAAGCACAGUAGUUUUA